CAACUUUUUGACAGUUCAGUUCAUGACGUGUGAAGUUUAUCAUCAAAGUGGAGUUACCGUAGUACUUAAAUACUUUCUUAGCUUUUGAGAGAUUAGUUUCGAUUAUGUCGGAACAUAAGAAAAAUGAAUUCAAAGCCGAAAAGACCUCUGACAAAACAUGCAAACAUUUUGUUCAGCGCAGAAAACGGUACUGUCGAAUGACAGUCGCCAAAGGACAGGAAUACUGUGGCGAACACAUGAACACAAAUCCUGAACUGUCGCAUAUAUCAGAAGAAAGCUUCAAGAAUCGAAUUCCAUGCCCACUGGACCCGAAGCAUACCGUUUAUAUGUGGAAUUUAAAAAAACAUUUGAACAUAUGCAAUGCUCGGGUGAAAGAGGUGCCGUCGUACAUUGAGAAAGGAAGAAAUUUGGGUGAAGAGGUGUCCAAUGCAACAUCUUCGUGUACGAAAUUAUCCGAAAUCGAUGAAAGUGCAUUGAACGAACUCAUCGGCAAAGUCCACAAAAUCUAUGACAAUCACGUUGAUGGAACAAUCAAAGAAAUGAUCUGCACACAUCCGGUGCUAAACGCUGAAUUGAGUAAUGAAUCGUACGGUUCCAAGUCAACAAAGCAUUUGGCACAAACGUCAUCAAUACUGGGUUGCCUGGACCAGUUGGACCUACUGUUACCGAAAACUUGUUUCAUUGAGUUCGGUGCUGGUAAGGGUCAAGUAUCAUUUUGGCUGGCUGAGGCAAUGAAGGACACUGAACAAUCCACAGUCUUGCUGGUUGACAAGGCCUCGUUGCGGCAUAAAAAAGACAACAAAAUCGAGGAUCGAAAUUCCGUGCAACGAAUUCGCGCCGACAUUUCCGAUUUGGAUUUGGAUAAACUGGAAGCAGCUCAACUUGCCGACAAUAUUGUUGCCGUUGGAAAACACUUAUGCGGCGGUGCCACUGAUGUCACUUUGCGAUGUUUGAUAAAUGGAAAUCAGACGCGGAAAUGUGUUAAAGGAAUCGUUAUCGCACUGUGCUGUCACCAUCAAUGCACCUGGCGUCCAUUUGUUGGAAAAAAGUUUUUGCUGGACAAUGGUGUUACCCAGCAGGAAUUUGACAUUAUGACAAAAAUGGUUGGCUGGGCUGUGUGCGGAACUGGAAUGAGUCGUGAGUUGAGGAAAGAAAUUGCACUGAGAAAUGAACAAAAAGAGACAGCAGACGAACGUACAAGUGGAACAACGAAAAUACUUCGAGAAGAGAGGGAACGGAUCGGUAUGAAAUGCAAGCGCAUAUUAGACCAUGCAAGAGUUCAGUAUUUAUCCGAGAAUGGAUUCACUGCGUCACUAAAGUACUACGUCAAAUCCGAUGUAACACCCGAAAACGUUUGUUUAAUUGGCGUAUGGUCCAACAAUAAAAUAUAAAAAUGUUUGAACAAAUAA